AUGCCUGGCUAUGAGAACCAGGAACCCUGGGAUGAGGGAUAUCUUCAAGUCAGCGAUUUACACCGAGUAUAUUACUCCCAAUACGGCUCUAACAGUGGCUUGCCAGUGAUCUUUCUUCAUGGCGGACCCGGAGGUGGAACUUCAGCGAAAAGCACAGAGUUCUUCGACCCAGCCAAAUAUCGCAUUGUUCUCUUGGAUCAGCGGGGUGGAGGAAAGUCACGGCCUGUUGCAGAGCUUCGUGACAAUACAACGCAGCUAUUGGUGGCUGACAUCGAAACCUUGCGCAACCACCUAGAGAUUUCCAAGUGGGCAGUCGUAUUUGGAGGGUCAUGGGGAAGCACGCUUUCCUUGGCCUAUGCGGAGACGCAUCCAGACGCCGUUGGCGCGUUGGUGCUCCGAGGUAUAUUCCUUGGUGAAGAAUGGGAGUUCGACUGGACGUUGAGAGGACAGGGACCUGCCGUCUUGUUCCCUGAUCGUUGGGAAGAUUUCAUUCAACAUUUGCCCGAGGAUCAACGAAGCGACCCACCAAAGGCUUAUUACAAGUUACUCACCUCAGAUCAACGAGAGAUCGCUGUGGAGGCAUCGAGACAUUGGAACCGGUGGGAAUUGUCGAUUUCGACAUUGAUUCUGGCGGAAAACGCUUAUGAGAAGCUGGAUGAGGAGGACUGGAACUUGCAGCACGCGCGGAUCGAGGCGCACUAUUUUGUCAACGGAUGCUUCCUUAGGGACGAAAAAAGGCUUCUCAACAAGGAGAACAUCGAGAAAAUCGCACACAUCCCGACUCUACUGGAGUUCGAAAGCUGGCCACAGUGCGACAGUGAGUACUCGUCCUCAUCUUACUCUUUACAGACUUCGGGGUAA